AUGCCCGGCAACACAGUCGACCAGUCAGCAACUGACUUGUCGUAUUGGAAUCGGCGCUGCAUUCCCAUGAUGUCCAGCUUACUCAAAUCGUGCGGAGUGUACUCGGCCUCGGACCAAGAGGCACAGCUGCGCUUUUUGCAGGAAUUUGUCCUUCCCAAUCUCGGGCCCCAUCCUUCUGGGUCUGGCACUCAGAUCCCCUGCAUGUUGACGUUCAGUGGCUUCCCCCUGCAGCCCAGCAUCAACCUGAGCGGCUCUGGUGUGGCCAAGCUUCGCUACGCCUUCGAGCCACUCGAUAUCCUUAGCGGCACCGCAGCCGACCCCGCAGCACUUGGCCCCUCACAGCGGUUGCUCGCCGCUCUCGUCAGCCAUCUUGGCGUCUGGCCAGGUUGGAUCGAAGCCUUCAUCACUGCCUUCCACCCAACCCUUGAAGGCUCUCGGCAGAUACAAGCCAAGGUGCUCGAGUAUUUCCAACGGAACCUGGCGAGUAGCAAUGGCGAAGCACGCAUACAGCUUCCCAACAAACAGCCGCGAUUGUAUUCGUGUUUCAUAGCCUUCGAUCUGGAGGGCCCGUCCCAGGCCAUGAAGGUUUAUUUCAAUCCCAAAACCAAGGAGGCCGAGACUGGGCUUCCGUCAUGUCAAUACACUUUUCAAGUUCUUCGCACCCUCGAAAGAUUCGAGAACUCGACGGCUGUCGACAUGCUGGAGCAAUUCCUCGCCGAGAAGCAAAGUGUCGGAUCUGUUGAGCAGGUUGGCAUUGAUUGCCUCCCCGAAAGCAUGCUGCCGUCAGCACGAGUCAAAAUCUACGUUCACGUCAUGAGCAACUCUUUCCAGACGGUACGCGACUAUGUGACGCUGAAUGGCCGGCUAAAAGAUCCGGUCGCUUUGGAAGGAUUAUCGAAGUUGCGGGAGAUAUGGCAUCUUUUACUCAACGAGCCCAAGCCCAUUGAUGACGAGGAGUGGGAGAAGCCCGUUACAGGCUACAGCCCCAUGAACAUGCAGCAUCGCUUGUAUAUCACCUACGAGAUGAAGCCGGGGAACAGCAACCCCAUCGUGAAAGUCUACGUACUAGCGCAAAACUACGCCCCGGACGACGAUACCAUCAUCCGAAAUUACGAACAAAAUUAUAGCCACUUCGGUUGGCCUUGGGGGGAGGAUGGAUCUUAUAGGAAGAUCAUCGAGAGCGCUUUGUACGUUAUAAUCAAAGCUACAUUUGACGACGAUACAGUACUGCUGACACAGGAGUUUUAG